AUGGCUUUGGCGCUCCAGGCAAUUGGCCUCGGGGCUGUAAAUACCCUACACACUACAAAUUAUCUACAGCAACACCAAACAACAUCGCCAACGAGCCCUCGGGGUCUGUUCAGCGGAGAUAAGGAGUUCGAUUAUGUGGUGGUCGGAGGUGGUACGGGUGGCAGCGUCGUGGCCACCCGGUUGGCGCAGCAGUCUUUCAAGGUCGCUCUGGUCGAGGCGGGCGGAACAUAUGAGCUGGAAUCACUUGCUGCGACUCCUGCAGCAGAUGUUCUGCCAGUCGGGUCCGAUCCCGAUACGUCCUCCGCGGUCGAUUGGGGCUUUGUUGCAGAAAAUCAAGCCGGGGCCAAUGGACGGUCGAUUCAUUAUGCCAGGGGGAAAUGUCUUGGAGGCUCGUCGGCGUUGAAUUUUAUGAUCUAUCAACGGCCAACGCGAGAGUCCAUGGAACAAUGGGCAACUGCAGUCAAUGAUAGCAGCUACGCAUUCGAAGAAGUACUUCCGUACUACAAACAAAGUGUCCGAUUCACACCUCCCAAUACCGAACUACGAGCCGCCAAUGCAUCAGCCGCCUACGAUGCUGCUGCGUACGACUCAGCAGGCGGGCCACUGCAGGUAUCCUACGCCAACUUUGCCAUGCCGUUUUCCUCGUGGAUGAAGCGCGGAAUGGAAGCAAUAGGAAUCAACGAGACCACGGAAUUCAAUCUUGGGUCGCUAAUGGGAGCGCAAUACUGCGCAUCCACCAUCAACCCCAAGAAUGAACUGCGGAGCAGCUCCCAGGCGUCAUUCCUAGCCACCAAUCCUUCCACAUUGACGACCUACACCAAUACGUUAGCGAAGAAGAUUAUCUUCAGCGGCGGAAAGAAGGCCACCGGCGUCCAAGUACGAGGAGCACUCGGCAAUACCUUUACGCUCUCUGUAAAGAAGGAAGUGAUCAUCUCAGCAGGCGCAUUCCAAUCACCCCAGCUCCUGAUGGUAUCUGGCGUCGGACCCUCCGAUAUCCUCGAGGAGCAUGGAAUUACCGUGCUGGCGGAUCGUCCUGGCGUCGGUCAGAACAUGUGGGACCACCCGUUCAUCGCACCCUCGUACCGGGUCCAAGUAGAUACCUUCACCAAGUUCGCGACUAACCUCCUGUACGCUGCCGGGCAAGUUCUGAACGGCCUACUCGUCAAGAACGGCCCGUUGACAAACCCCGUUGCCGAUUUCCUAGCGUGGGAGAAGAUUCCCCAGAGCUUGCGGUCUGGCUUCUCUCAGCAAACGCAGACUGCCCUGGCUGGUUUCCCUGAUGAUUGGCCAGAGGCCGAGUAUAUCUCCGGCGCAGGAUACAUGGGCAACGUCUCCAACCUUCUCACCACGCAGCCAAAAGACGGAUACCAGUACGCCUCCAUGCUGGGCGUGCUGAUCACUCCGUUGUCCCGCGGAAACAUCACCCUCAAGUCAGCGGAUACCUCCGACCUUCCCGUGAUCAACCCCAACUGGCUCGCAGAGGAAGCCGAUCAGCAGGUGGCCAUUGCCAUGGUCAAGCGCAUGCGAGAAGCCUUCCAGAGCGAAGGCAUGGCGCCGGUCAUAAUCGGGGAGGAGUACUAUCCUGGUGUCGAGGUCCAGACCGACGAGGAGAUUCUGGAGUUCAUCCGGGAUAACGUUAUGACUUUGUGGCAUGCCGCUUGCACGUGUAAGAUGGGCACUGCGGAGGAUGAGAUGGCUGUUGUCGAUUCGCAGGCGCGGGUGUAUGGAGUUUCUGGACUACGUGUGGUGGAUGCCAGUGCGUUUCCGUUUCUGCCGCCUGGCCAUCCGCAGUCUACAGUGUAUAUGCUUGCGGAAAAGAUCGCGGAUGCGAUCAUCAAGGGUUCAGAGUCUUUGUAA